CAACUAGUUCCUAACACGUUAACGUCAAACUGGAAAAAUAACUGAUAGACACCGAAAUUCCUACAAAAUUCUAGUGUAUUAAUGCAAUGUUUGCAUGAAGGUAGAUGUGAAGAUGCGAAGAGCUGGAGUAGUAGACACCGCGCACCGCACGCAUGUCGGGAAAAACUGUAAGCUUCAAUACACACUACGAUCUGAGCGAAUCCCACUUGGAAUCAAUAGCGAAAUGGGUGAGCUGCAACGGGGAGGUGUGGGGGAUGGGCCCCACCGUGGUUUUCGCGAGCGCGGCCGCCCUGUUCCUCUUCAGCGAGCUGCAGGAGACAGUGCUGGUGGGUGGCGACCACGGUCAAAUCACCGUACUCGAGAAAUCGUUGGUGUCAACUAUGGUGGUCGGAAUGCUAGCGCUGAUGACCCAUCUCUGGGUUUGCUCCAUGCGGUUCUUUCAGUACUAUCUCGACACCCUUAUUAGAGACAGUCCGAACAUUAUCUUGGAAAUGACAACGGCUGGCUUCCUCGGCGGGCAGGUGGACGUGGUUCCACUCGGACCGCUCACCAGGUUCCUCAAACAGCAGCAACCUCAGAUCCACAUCACCAUAUGCUGGUUCCUCUCUCUCUGCUACGCGGACUACGUCAGGAAACACUACUGCCAUAGUUUUAACAUGCCGUAUUUGGAACAGUGGCAAUUGGAGUUGCACGAGCGUGCGACACGCGGCAUGCAGCGCACCAUGGACAAAGUGAACAGCUUCGUGGGAGCGGUGCACCAGCGCCUGCGGACCUACUCCAGCCGUCCGGACUCCAUCGUCGAUGCGCACACUGGCGGCGAGGGCGCUGGCGCUAUGCUGGCACGGCGAGACCUGCCUUCCGCGUCGCUGGAGGUCAGCAGAACGGCUAGUCGUGUGUCGUUCGCGGCGACUGCGACAGCUCCGGCCACCUGCUCCCUCGCGCCAAGACACUCGCAUCCUCUACUUGGUGCGGGACGUGUCGAUCAGGCCAGCGAUACUACGCCAGAGCUUCUUGAGAAAUUCCGAGCAUGUGUUACGAACUCAGGAUGCUGUUCACCGCAGCCCAGCAACCGUGUUCCUGAAGGCGCCGGCUCCGAGGCAGGUUCGGUCGGAGGAGGGCUUGUGGACUGACACACCCCUGGAAGGACAUAAGACUCUCCUAACAUUUCCUACACUGCUUAAAUAAAGUUUAUCCUCCUAGA